UGUGUAUUUGUGGUUAUUAUGUAAUACAAUAUCUGAUCCACAAUAAUCGACCAGACGUAUAGAAGAUACAACUAUAGCACAUCAGCAUGGUCGACAAAGAGGAUACCUCGGGUGCUUUCGUGCCAAAAGACGUAGACACGGAACCUUUCAAGAAGCGACUCACCCAGGUGGAGACUGAUCUGAAGGGCAUCGAGAGUUUAGAUACCAGAUAUGCCCGUAACGUAGCUCGACGCGAGGUCUGGCGAGACAACGAGCUGCUGUUGAUGGACCUCGAAGAGGCCGGUGUGAUCGAGGAGGGCAAAAUGGAGUCGGAGUGGCAGAAGAAGAAUCUGGAAAUUCGCCGCCAAUUGACAAUCGAACCUUUGUCGUUGGAGAUGAAUGGCCCCAACAAAGCGUUCAUGUUUGCGCGUGCUCUGGGCAUGUUUAUCUGGUGCUUUGGUGGAUUGUGGAUACUGUUUCUGUGCUCGCCCCUCCGAUGGCUGCACCCGGCAUUGCGCCGCUUUGGUGUUCCCAAUGACUAUCUGCCGAUCGAUCUGCUGGUCACAGUCGUGGCGAAUGGCCUCGUCAGGUGCUCUGGUGCUGUGCCUACAGUGCAGGGCCUUGAGACUCGAGAGUACCCGCCGCCACAGCCCUACCUGACGAUGUUUGCCCAUCCGUCUAAUCUCGACCCCAUGGUACUUUUGCGGACAUCUCCAGUCAUACACAAGGGAGUGGGAAAGCAGUCACUGUUUAUGAUCCCUGUGAUUGGCUGGGCCUUCCGGUUCGCAAUGGGAAGCAUCCCACUCGAUAGAGGGUCGAGGAAAAGGGCGGUCGCUCAGUUGGACAGACUAAAGGCAUCCAUGCAGCGGUGGCGCCGGUGUCUGACCAUCGCACCAGAGGGCACCAGGCAACCGCAGGGCCAGCUACAGCCGUUCAAGAAGGGUGCAUUUCACUUGCAGCAUGAUCUAGGCUGCCCCGUCGCACCAGUGGUGCAUUUCGGUCCCUUUGAGUUGUGGCCCAGGAACCGAAUGAUGAACGCACCCGGUCAUGUGACUAUACGAUACAUGCCGCUGGUCUAUCCGGACAAGGGCGCCGAUCACAACCAAGUGAGACGGCAAGUCAGAAGACUCAUGCUCGAGGAAUCUUGCAAGGACGUGCCAAAGGACGCUGGUACUACACUAACUGACAGCGAAACCCGGAGCGUACACUUCAGUAUUGCGCUGACCGUUGUAUUGGGCUUAAUAGAGCUCUGGAUUACGUACGUAGUCACAAGCAUAGCAUUCGGCUCGUGGUCACUGCUGUCCUUAUGUAUGUUCGUCUCGUCCUGCUUCGUGGCAUUGGAAUUUGCGGUCUAUUUUGGGUUGAACUUGCCCACGAGUGGUCAAAUAGUCGACAAACUGACAGGCCAUGAUGCUGCUGCCACCAUUCUUAUGAAAUAAUAUUUAGGGUUAUAUAUUUUUAAAUCAGAAUAUAUUUAUUUGCAAACAAAAUGGCGGUUUCGAAGUAUGAUUUCUUUUACUGUUUUGUAAUAAAAGGAAAUUUCAUGUUCUCCAGAGAUGCAUACCGAACUUGGUUACAUGUUUAAGUUAAUUAACUAAAAUAUCUGCACCAACCCGCUCAACUUAUGCAGUAAACAUGAGCUACAUGUUCGUCGAGUAGCUGCAGAAAGCCUGCGCACUGCUACAAUGCUCAUUGCAAGUUCAGACAGACUAGCAUAUAGCAAAUCGCAUUGCCGCCACUUCAUACGUUUUCGCCUAAUACAGCUACCGUGAUUCCGCAGUUCAAUACGGGAACCUUCCUGAAUCAGAUACGAUAGAUGCGAAGUGAAGCACAAAUUCUGGCCUUAGUAAGGCAACCUUCAUUGUGUAUAUGGUUCUUCACCGGAAUCGUAAUUGAAGCAAGCUCAAACGUCACUCAAAUCGUGACCUAUUGCUGUCUAGCAUCAGUAUUGCUGCGUAUGUAUUACUUUGUUAAUGUAUGCAAUACGCAAUGUUUGGCACAAGUGCCCCAGACGAUCGUCAUACUUUUGAAUAGAAACACCUAUAGUAAAUUGAAGGUAUCGUAUUACAAACAUUUACUACUUGCAAUUGGAAAUUAUUAAUCACUACCGUUGUUUGUCGUUCGCUAUGACCGUUGUCCUAUAUCAUAUGGCUCCCAUGGCUGAAAUAGCCCGUAUCACAUGACUACGAAUAAUGCGUCAUUCUACAGCUCCUCAAUUGUUGAUAAUCCACAAUCGCUACAAAUGGAACAGAGUCGAAGACGAUUUUAAUACUCCAUGUCAUAAUACUAAUUUCAGGCGCACGAUUGCACAAAAGGUUGUAAACACCUUGAAAUAGAGGGAAAACUCUGAACAAUAAUUUCUCUCAUUAAUUAGAGCUUGAUAGUUCCCUUUUCUGACGACAUGGACGAGCAUAUGUCAUAGGCCAUAUACUAUAAGCCACCGUGUACUUUCGUUGCGGUCGAUAAAUAACCUACCGAAUAUACCACAGAAUAUCUGCAUAUUUAGUCGGUUUUUCACCUACAGGUCGCUUACAUAAUGAUAUGAAUGUGAACAGUGAGGACAUUAUUUUUUAA